UGCUCCUCUUCCUGAGAGGGGGACCCUGGUUGCGAGGGAGUCUGUUUCUGGCCGGAGAGGAUUUCCCUCGCCACAGCGUCUGGUGUCCUGGAGACCGGGGGAGAGGAGGCUGGACGGCGCUGACAGGAUGCUGAAUGCCGAUCGUCUCUCUCAGUCGGGGCUCGAGUAUCUGGCUCAGAGACAUGUCCUCACAUAUAUGGAAGAUGCAGUGAACCAACUGCUGGAAAGCAGAGAAGAUAUUAGCCAAUAUGGCAUUGCCAGAUUCUUCACUGAAUACUUUAACAGCGUGCAACAAGGAACUCAUAUUUUAUUCCGGGAGUUCAGCUUUGUCCAAGCAACACCCCAUAAUAGAGCAUCCUUUCUAAGGACCUUCUGGCGAUGCUUCAGAACAGUGGGCAAAAAUGGAGACCUGCUGACAGCCAAGGAAUACCACUGCCUGCUGCAGCUACUUUGCCCUGAUUUUCCAAUGGAGCUCACUCAGAAGGCAGCAAGGAUUGUGCUAAUGGAUGAUGCUGUGGACUGCUUGAUGUCCUUUUCUGACUUCUUGUUUGCUUUCCAGAUCCAGUUUUACUACUCAGAGUUUCUUGAAAGUGUGGCUGUCAUCUAUCAAGAUCUUUUGACGGGUAAGAAUCCCAAUACCGUCAUUGUGCCAACAUCGUCUUCUGGGCAGCAUCGAUCACGCCAGGCUCCAAGUGAAUGCAGCCCACUGGAUGGGGUGGAGGCAACUGCCUUUUACCAGUGCCUUGAGUCCCUGUGUGACAGGUCCAAAUACAGCUGUCCUCCCUCUGCGGUUGUUAAGGAAGUUCUGAGCAGUGUACAGAGACUGACCUUCUAUGGAUUCCUGAUGGCACUUGCAAAGCAUCAUGGGAUCAACAGAGCCCUUGGAGCCCUCCCAGAUAAAGCAGACCUACUGCUUGACCCACUUAUGGAUCAGGAACUAGAGAAACUUAUUGCGCAGGUUUCGGGGCUCUCCGUUUCCAGUGCUGCUAACUCUAGCGGGGAUACUGCAAGCUUGCCUUCCCGCCAUUCUCCUAGGUUCAGUUCCCCCUGGAGGCCUCUCCACCAUCGCCGGAAAAUGGAUGCUGAAAGUGAUGGUUCCACAGAAGAGACGGAUUCUUCUGAGAACUGAGGGGUAGAACAGGAGUUCAAGCUCGCUUUCAGCUCCUUAUACCUGAAGCCAGGGAGGUAUUAGGGAGGGUGGAGACUCAGCACUUCGAACAUCUUCCCCCACAAGCUCAGGUGGUGACCAGCUUUCUCUGACUACUCAGCAGCAUUACAGUGCAUGCACAUUCAUACAACUCACAGCAGAACUGGUUAGCCUUGCUAAUAGGAUUGCAGACUGCAAUUUGCAGUCACCUCUCUACCCAUACUGGCAGAAGUGAGUAUCCCUAGAAGAGAGAUCAAUGCCAGUUGCAGGGUUAUGCAGCCCUCUAGUGGCAGACAAAUCAAAUUGGGAGACACAUUCUAGUCAAAGAUAUCCCAUCUCUUCCAACACUGAAGGAAUUAAUCCUAAAAACUAUGCUCCUUUUUAUUUUCAGCCAGUACUGAAAACCUAUUUGUAAGAACAUGGAGCUUGUAAAUUAUUAGCACUUUGACCUCUGCUGCCCACAUAAAGCUUGUUUUAUACUUUUCCUGCUCUAUUUGCUGCUUAGGUUGAUAUCCUAGUAGAUUCCAAGACUUCAGCUUAGGUGUGGCAUGGCCUUAAUAAGAACCUAGCUAAGAACUCAAGAAAGGACUUUUAUAGUUUGUGCCAAGGGAUGGCUCUGGAUGAUCCAUAAUCCUUUUCUGAUCCCCUCUUAGUACCCCAACUUUGGGACAAAAAGGGUAGACUUACUGUAGGUUUGUAAAGCUUUAAAUUUGCCCCCCUGACAUAUAGCAAAUAAAGCAUGUUAUACAAGGCA